GUGUUCGCUUUGGGUUGGAAUCUGUAAACCCACUCUUCUUCACCUUCCACAUCAACAUCAACCAUGUCCAGGGAUCCCUACAAUAAUUAUUCUCCUCACUCUUCACUCAGAUGUCUGCCACCCUCACCCUACUUUACUCUCUCUUUUUCCUUUGAUCACAGGUUUUCGCCGGUAAACGACGAGUGUUAGUUUGAUAUUUGUUGUAGUGUAUAAGACAAGGCAUUGAUGGCGAUGUGACUUUUUCUGGAUACAUGAGAAACAUGGCCACAACGCCUUUAUCAAAAAUUGACCGUUCAUGGCAGCUUGUACACUAGACACUCAGUAUGCCAGGAUCACGUCAAAGGCCAUAUUUAAAGCCAUCUUUAGACACUGUUAUAUUGGUUUCGUUGGUCAGCUUAUUUCUAUUUAGUGCCUAUGUUUAUCCAUCUAGAGCCACUCUGCUUUGUUAUAUCUUUUCCAGUGGCUGUGUCAAUGGUGCCUUUGAACAGCCACUGCCAGUUGCUUAUCGAGAAUUAACUGAUGAAGAGACUGCAGCUCAGGUUAUAAUGAAGGAAAUUUUGAAGAAACCUCUAGCUCAAUCUAAGAAUCCGAAAAUUGCCUUUAUGUUUUUGACUCCAGGUCCACUACCUCUUGAGAAGCUAUGGCAUAAAUUUUUUGAUGGCCACGAUGACAGAUUUUCUAUAUAUGUGCAUGCAUCUAGAGUGAAAGUGGAACAUGUGAGCCCCCAUUUUGUUGAUCGUGACAUUCGCAGUGAAAAGGUAGCCUGGGGAGAAAUUUCUAUGGUUGAUGCAGAGAAGAGACUUUUGGCAAAUGCACUUUUAGACCCCGAUAAUCAGCACUUUGUUUUAUUAUCUGAGAGUUGCAUACCUCUUCACGACUUUGAGUAUAUUUACAACUAUUUGAUAUUUACAAACGUCAGCUAUAUCGAUUGUUUUGAAGACCCUGGUCCUCAUGGAACUGGUAGGUACUCAGAGCACAUGUUACCUGAAAUUGAAAGGAAAGAUUUCCGUAAAGGUUCUCAGUGGUUUUCUAUGAAGCGUCAACAUGCUAUUAUUAUAAUGGCUGACAGUCUUUACUAUACAAAAUUCAAGCGUUACUGCAAGCGAACUAAGGACGGGCCCAACUGCUAUGCGGAUGAGCACUAUUUUUCAACCCUUUUCCAUAUGAUCGACCCUGGUGGAAUUGCAAAUUGGUCAGUAACGCAUGUUGAUUGGUCUGAGGGAAAGUGGCAUCCAAAAGCGUAUAGGACCCAAGAUGUCACCUAUGAGCUUCUGAAGAACAUUACCUCACUAGACGAGAUCAUUCACGUUACAACUACUGUCCCGAAGAGGGCGAUGUUAAGGCCCUGCUUGUGGAACGGAGUGAAAAGACCAUGCCAUCUAUUUGCGAGGAAAUUUUAUCCAGAAACUCUGGGAAGAUUGUUGCACAUUUUCUCUAACUACACAGUUGUUUAGGCCAUUCUCGUCGCCCUGAAUCGAGAGAUCGUUCGAGAGGUUAGAACAACGAGGUUGAUAAUUUCACAUCGUUGCUAAUAUAUGAUAUAGAAAUUAGAAGUUGUGUUUUUCACUAUUCAUCCUUUGGUUAAAACUUCUUCCUAGAGCCUUUAGCUGAUCCAUUUUUGUGUAGAGUCGAAGCCUACGAUCCUGUGCCUGCCAGGGUUGGCAGCUUUUCGGUGCUUUUGGCCCAUCUUCUCAGCUUUUCAUUGGUUCUUUCUUAGAAAAGAAAAGUUAUUUGAGUAUUCUUGAGAUGGAAUAAUUGAAUAUUUAUGGCCAUUGUCAUAUUACAUGUUUAUGAGGACCGAAUUUUAAUA